UCGGGGCAUUCGGUCUAUAAACUGCUUCUUUUACUUCAUUCCUUUAUUAUUCCUUGUCAUUUAAAGAAGGAGAUCAGAAAAGGCAAAGAGAAUGCCACAGGUUUAUCAUCCAUAAGACAUUGCAAGACCUUCCGGACACCUGCAAUGGCAGGUUUUUUUACUUUAGUGGAGCCAGUGGUUGUUAUGCACAAACUGGGCAGCUCUUGUUUUGAGAUGGCUCUCACCCUUACAGUGUACAAUCGCUCACUGAAAAUAUCAGGUGGACAUCCUGACCAAGCCCAAGAGGCUUCUUCGAGCUUCUUUCUCAUCCACUCCAUCAUAUCAGCGGUAGCAGCCAUGUUUUCCAGCGUCCCACUAGGCCGCAUCGCAGACCGACUGGGACUUAAAGUAUUCCUGGUCACCCCUCAGCUGGGUUCUCUCAUGGGAAUGUGCUUCCUGGUGGUCUUCCUGUUCCACAAUCUACCUUUGGAGUUCCUCUUCCUUGGCUCCAUGGUGUAUGGCCUCAGCGGAGGUCCUCCUGCGUACUGGGCUGGUGUGGCAGCUUUGGCGUCACUCAGCUCAAACCAGAAGCACCGCACUAUAAAACUCAAUGUUGUGGAUCUCUGUGUUGGCAUCGCAGGAGUGCUAGGUGGUCUGCUAUCUGGGUACGUGUACCAGCUAGGACAUCAAGGAUUGGUCCUUUUAAUGACCGCCAUGCUCUUCAGUGCAGCGUCACUUUUUUACGCCGUGUUUCUUCUCUCCAGUUUAAGACAAACAUGUGAUGAGAAGGAGCAGCUGCUGUCAAGCGGUGAGAAGAUGGACAAAGUAGCAGUAGGGAUGUUGAUGUCAGCCAUGUUACUGUUUGAUCUGGGAAUGAUUGGAGCAGAGAAUGUUCUUACACUCUAUGUGCUGAAGCCUCCAAUGAGCUGGGAUUCGGUGUGGGCUGGUUAUGGCAGCGCAGCCACAAAUGCCAUGUAUUUGAGCAGCUUCCUCGGAGUGCUUGUGCUAUCUGACGUGCUAGGAGAUGUGGCCUUGUCUUUGCUCGGCAUUGUGUCCAACUGUACAGGAAUGGCCAUCAUGGCUUUCACAGUGGAGAGUUGGAUUUACUUCAUGGCACGAGGGAUAAUGAUGUUUGCCUGUAUUCCUAUGCCAACGCUGCGAGCGAUGCUUUCCAAAGUCCUGGAUGCACAGCAAUAUGGAUGUGUAUUUGGACGGCUACAGUUGGCUCUGGCUGUGACUGAACUUCUGUCUACGGUGAUCUUCACAUCUAUUUACCCUCUUACUCUGAACUGGUGCAGUGGCCUUUGUUUCCUUCUCUCUUGUGCCAUCAGCUACCUCAGCGUCAUACCGAUCCUAUACCUGAAGUUCAGGCAGAAGAGAACUGGGUACACAACUAUAUAAGGGGAAAUAAAUUAUAAGCACUAUAAGACAAUUUUUCAACUGUUGGCAUUUUAUCAGGUGGCUCUGGUUCAGCUUGGGGGGAAUUUGAGGCACAUAGUAGAAAGUAUAUUCCUUAUAUUUCAGUAAGGUGCUCUGCAUCUGGACAAACAGAAACAGCUUAAAUCCUGUGCUGGGCAUUCAACAGGGUUUUCCACCAGUUAUACCAGUAUACAUAAUACAACAUGACUGACUCCACCAAAGACACCUCGAACUUAGACACUAAUUACUCUCAGGAUUGCAAUACAAAUGCUCCUUCACAGAGGUUCCUAAAUUAUUGAGAAUUAAGUUAGGCAGGGUUUCCUGUGCCACAGAGGAUGACACAAUCCAGAAGCUCUUCUUCAUUUCUGAUUCCCCUGGUUUCUGAACUGAAGUGUCUUCUAAAACUUAAAUAGCUCCUUGGUUGUGAACUUGAUCAUGAAUAUGAAACCCAGGAUUUUAAGAGUUAGUGGGCAACUUGUUUGAAGUUCGAACACAAAGUUCAAAUUCUUUGAGAAUGUAUGAAAAAUAUCUGAGUUUGUGGAGUGGAAGCACUUCCUGGAUGCUGCCUCCAUUAAUCAUGAAAUGUUCUAAGAGAGACCUACAAUGUGUUGUUUUACAAAGUAUUCAUGAAUGCUGUAUAAAAGCCUUUAUUAUGUCA